AUGGGAUGUAAACAUCUGGGAUUAGGGGAUGAAGAUUGUUUUAAUAUAUUCGACCAGGACCCUCAAAUUCAAUAUAACGGCCAAUGGGUCCUAAAUCAGUUUACGGAUCAAGGUGCCCAAUCGUCUCACUCAACUGGACAGAAUGGUUCCAGCAUAUCCGUACCAUUUUACGGGAAUCAAAUUAAAGUCUCAGGUAUAAUUCCGACGGGCCAAGGUCAACUGGUUGCGAAUUAUUCCAUUGAUGAUGGUCCACCAUCCACGAGUCAACUGUCUGUUAUCUCGCAAAGCACUCCAUUACUGUUCCAGCAGUUUUUCAUGUCUCCGAAUCUGACGCUGGACAAUCACACGAUUACUAUCACCGUUCUACAGACUGGUUUCGACAGGAACUAUACCUUCGAAAUGUUCACAGUCUGGCCAGAUACGAUGGAUGACAGCACUUCGGAUAAGAGUACUCAGCAAGGUGCUUCGGACAACGGUAGUCAACAAGACACAGAUGGGACUGGACGUGGCAAAAACACUGCGGCAAUUGUUGGUGGAGUGCUGGGAACCGUCAUAUUUUUGUCCUUAUGUCUUCUAGGGGUGUUCUACUUUUGGAAGAGGAGAAGACUCGCCAAGAUGUCCAGCGAUGGCCAACAGCGUUUGCCACCCAUGAUGUAUUACACCCGACCUUUAUCUGAACGGGAUUUUCAAGAGAAAGCUGAUUACACAGCUGAAGCUUCUGUGAUCGACACAGAUUCAAAAUUCACGUUCACCAGGCACAAGGGAGGAUCUACCAAUCAUACGCGAUCAUGGGUGUCAGUCAACAUGCCUCCCAGUGUACCGCAGAGCGCUGUCAUCAAUAAUCACGUUUCCGGCUGGUCAUCUUACAAAGGAUCAAGUGUCAUUGUCGAGCAACCCCAAGUUGAACGGUCGCAUUUCUCACCUUACACCGCCACCACGUUCUCUCCUUCGGGCUUCAGGGAACACAAGCCGCUUCCCGGAACGAGACGCUCGGCAGGGGUUCCCCCUAGGAUCGAGACACUGACUACAUCCUCUGAGUCGCUGGGCCCUUACGAAAACCGCAGAUUGUAG